GGGAGCUUUCCAGCAACCGUAGUAUUGGAUCGUGGCCUCAAGCUGCCAUCAACCAAAUCGAUACGAUUUCUUGAGUUGAAGAUUGACUGAACAUUCUGUACCUAGGAUUCUCUAAGGCUACAACAUCUUGUUUCGACAUACGUUUCCUCCUACAAUCGAAUCUGCUGUGAACAAGCGACCUGGCCAUUCUCCUGAAUUACAUCCCACUAUCACCACCUUAAGCUCUCGACGCCCCGACGUCAUCUGCCAGUAUGGCAACCAAGGGAAACUCCCUGCGCGAUCGCCAAAUAGCGUCGCUAAAGAAAAUCCUCAACUUGAACGAGACUGUCGAAUCCUCCGAGGCCGACGAAGCCCAUGCCAACGGUCUACUUGCUCCUGUUGCGCCUAUCCUCGAUGCUGAUGGCAACCCUAUCUGGAAGGUACUGGUCUUUGAUGACCUCGGUCGGGAUGUUAUCAGCAGUGUUAUGCGCGUUAGCGACUUGCGGUCAAUGGGCGUAACCAUGCACAUGCACAUUGGCGGCGCAAGGCACCCUAUCCCCGAUGUUCCAGUCAUCUACCUCCUCGAACCGAAUGCGCAAAACCUCCAAGCCAUUACAUCCGACUUGCAGAAGGGGCUUUACACUCCCGCUUACAUCAACUUCCUCUCCUCCCUCCCCCGUGUCCUUCUCGAGGAGUUCGCUACACAAACUGCUGCUGCUGGAACAUCCGAACACAUUGCUCAACUGUUUGACCAAUAUUUAAAUUUCAUUGUCGCUGAACCAGAUCUAUUCAGUCUGGGCAUGCAAAAAGAGCAUACGUAUUGGGCAUUGAACAGUGCAGCCACCAGCGACGAGGAGCUUGAUCGCGUAGUGGAUAAGAUUGUUAGCGGUCUCUUCAGUGUGAUUGCUACUAUGGGAGUCAUUCCCAUUAUCCGAUGCCCCAAAGGCGCUGCUGCAGAGAUGGUCGCUGCGCGUCUCGACCGAAAACUCCGAGAUCAUAUCCUCAACUCAAAGGACAACCUCUUCUCAGGGCCACGAACAAACGCUUCAUCCAGUACUCACUCUUCCCGACCCGUACUCAUUCUUCUCGAUCGAAACAUUGAUUUGGUGCCAAUGCUUUCUCAUUCUUGGACAUAUCAAAGUCUGGUUCACGAUGUUCUCAACAUGAAGCUGAAUCGCAUCACCAUCGAAAGCCCUGCGGAGGAAGGAAACCCUGCCAAGGGCCCCACGAAGAAGGGUUACGAUUUGACUACAAACGACUUCUUCUGGGCCAAAAACGCUGGCAGUCCUUUCCCUCAAGUAGCGGAGGACAUCGAUGCUGAAUUGACCAAAUACAAAGAAGAAACAGCUGCGAUUACGAAAAGGACUGGUGUUACAAAUUUCGAAGACUUGCAGGCCGAUACCAGCGCGAGCGCUCAGCAUCUCAAGGAGGCAAUAACGUUGCUUCCUGAAAUGAGAGAGCGCAAAGGCAUUCUCGACAUGCAUAUGAACAUCCUGGCGGCUUUAUUGACAGGAAUUAAGGACCGCCAGCUUGACAACUAUUUCCAACUGGAGGAGAAUGUUGUGAAGCAGACCAAACCUCAGAUUAUGGAAAUCAUUAGUGACAGUACCAAGGGUUCUGAACCCGUUGAUAAGCUGCGAUUGUUCAUCAUCUGGUACUUGAGUACAGAACAAGAAGUGAGCCGACAAGAAUUCGAGGGUUUCGAGAAGGCCCUCUCAGAAGCUGGCGCGGAUGUAUCAUGUCUGCCUUAUGUUCGACAGGUUCGCGCUACAACCAAGAUGACACAACUCACUACCAUCAACAACACUGCUCAGCCUGCUCAAACUUCAGAUCUCUUCGGCCGCUUCUCGUCUAUGUCAUCUCGUCUCACCGACCGCCUCAAAGAAUCAGGAGUGCCCACUGGUCUGUCAUCAAACUUUGAGAGUCUCAUCAGCGGCGUGAAAAACUUCCUCCCUGCCGAUCGCGAUUUUACAGUUACAAAGAUCGUCGAAUCGAUCAUGGACCCCUCGUCAGCCUCCUCUUCAGCCAUUGCCAAGACAGAGCACUACCUCUACUACGAUCCUAGAUCCGCCAAUGCUCGAGGCACCAUGCCUCCACCAAGUGCUAUGCGGUCUGGCGCUGGAGCUACUCCAGGCGGCAUGCCUGGCUCCCAAGUGCCCGGACAGACUGCUAGCUUUGGUCAAAGAAGACAAGGCUUCAGUGAAGCCGUCGUUUUUACAGUUGGCGGUGGCAGCAUGGAUGAAUAUGGUAACUUGCAGGAGUGGGUAAGUCGAGCAGGAGGCGACAGGGCUAAGAAGAGGGUUGUAUAUGGCAGCACAGAGAUGGUGAAUGCUGCAGAGUUCAUUAAGGAGGAACUAGACACACUAGGAAAGGAGGUAGCAUCAUGAUGCUUUGGCUUUAAAGAAUAGAUAAUGAGAUUUCCGAAUCAUAAAGGCACAAUAAAAGCUUGCCAAUUGACUUGAAACUAUUUUUUGCAAGGUACUCUCAGACAACUCGUCGACAGUGAAAUGGUAUGCUGUUGAUGUGUUUCUGGACCACUAAGUACCUUGUUGACUGAAUCUGUGUAUGCUGACCGAAAUAAUGAUAAGUAGCACAAUAAAGCAAGCAAUCAAAUGAGGAGAUUUUGCUUCAAUCCCCUUCUUUCAUCAAUCUUACACCUCUUGUGACAUCCUCAAAGUCUCCUUUACUGUUGCGUGCUACCCUAAGCCUCUCCGAGUUGGUACGCGGAAC